GCAUUUAUUUUGUUCAAAAUAAUUUCUCAUAAAAUAAAGUAUUUUUUUGCAAAUAAAUUUUCAAUUUUUUAUUACGUGAAAAUUAUUUUUACUACAAAAAAGUUUCAGUUUCUUUUCGUUUUUUCAAAGAGUUUUCUAUUUUUUCCUAAAAAAUUAAUAAUAAAUAAUAAUUUUUUUAAAAUGCCUAGCUCAAAAGUGAAUGGAAAUUUUGUCUAUGAAAAUGGUUUCAAUAAUAAGAACGUUGCCACGAAUGUGACAAUCCAGGCUCAUCACGUGUCUAGGGUAAAACGAGGUCAAGCCUACGGUUCAGUUCAUGGCUUUCGAGGUUGUACUGUUUGGUUCACAGGACUAUCUGGCGCUGGAAAAACGUCAAUUGCUUUUCAACUUGAAGAUAAACUUGUUUCUCAAGGUAUUCCCGCUUAUGGCUUGGACGGAGACAAUAUACGAACCGGAUUAAAUCGAAAUUUGGGCUUCAGUAAAGCCGACAGAGAGGAAAAUAUACGUCGUGUCGCGGAAGUUGCAAAAUUAUUUUCAGAUGCUGGAAUGAUAACUCUCUGUAGUUUUGUCUCACCCUUUGAGGAGGAUAGAAGAAUUGCAAAACGAAUUCACGAUGAGGCUAAUCUUCCAUUUUUGGAAAUUUUUGUUGAUACACCACUAAAUGUUUGUGAGGCCCGUGACGUUAAGGGACUUUAUAAAAAAGCGAGACAAGGUAAAAUCAAGGGUUUUACGGGAAUUGAUCAAAUCUAUGAGAAGCCAGUGAGACCAGAUCUCACAGUGAAUACGGAAAAACUGACUCUCGUUGAGUGCACUUCAAUGGUGAUUGAACUUUUAGAAAAGCGUCGAAUUUUACCCAAGUUUUGUGAUGAAAUUGAAAAUUCACGUGUCACAGAACUUUUUGUCUCUGCCGAAAAAUUGCCAACUAUGAGAAUUGAAUGCGAGACAUUGGAAUCCAUUGAAGUGAAUGAGAUUGAUGUACAGUGGAUUCAAAUUCUCUCUGAGGGCUGGGCACAUCCACUCAAUGGUUUUAUGCGUGAAGACCAAUAUCUCCAGAGUUUACAUUUUAAUUUUUUGACUGAAACGGAAAAGGAGAUAAAUCAAUCGAUACCAAUUGUAUUAGCAGUGAGUAAUGAUGAUAAAAAUCGUCUUUUAAAUUCCUCGUCAAUUGUUCUUCGUUAUAAAGGGAAAGCAUUGGCUAUUAUGAGAAAUCCUGAAUUUUAUUAUCAUCGUAAAGAGGAACGAUGUUCAAGACAAUUUGGAACAAAUGACAAACGACAUCCUUAUAUUAGAUUAAUUUAUGAAUCAGGUGAUUGGUUGGUUGGUGGUGAAAUACAAGUUUUUGAAAAAAUCAUUUGGAAUGAUGGAUUGGAUCGUUAUAGAUUAACACCAAAUGAAAUUAUUGACAAAUGUCGACAAGCUGAGGCAGAUGCGGUUUUUGCAUUUCAACUACGAAAUCCAAUACACAAUGGACACGCACUUCUCAUGCAGGAUACGAGAAAAUAUCUUUUGGAGCAGAGAGGAUUUAAAAAGCCAAUUUUACUGUUACAUCCAUUGGGUGGUUGGACUAAAGAUGAUGAUGUUCCUCUUAAUGUAAGAAUACAACAGCAUUGCGCAGUUCUCGAAGAUGGUGUCUUGCAUCCCGACACAUUGUUGGCAAUAUUUCCAUGUCCUAUGAUGUAUGCUGGACCAACAGAGGUACAAUGGCAUGCCAAGGCAAGAAUGAAUGCGGGUGUUAAUUUUUACAUUGUAGGACGUGAUCCAGCGGGUAUGCAACAUCCUGAAAAAUCUUCAGUACCCGAUGGAAAUCUUUAUGAUCCCACUCAUGGUGCUAAAGUUCUUUCAAUGGCGCCAGGACUUGAUAAACUUGAAAUAAUACCCUUUAAAGUUGCAGCUUAUGAUAAAAAAUCGAAAAAAAUGACUUACUUUGACUCCAAUCGAAAAGAUGAUUUUGACUUUAUUUCCGGUACUCGGAUGCGAGGUUUGGCAAAAUCCGGUGAAACACCACCCGAGGGAUUUAUGUGUCCAAAAGCUUGGGAUAUUUUGUCACAAUUUUACCGUUGAGAAAUAAAAAGAAAUGAACACAUUUAUUUAGAGAAAAUAAAUAAUAUUUAAAAAUUAAGUUUAAUUGAAAUAAAUGCCUCAUGACGAAUUAUAAAUAAUUUAUUACGAACAUAUAUUAUUAUUAUUUUUUUUUAAAUAAAAAAAUUAAGUACAUAAUAAAUAAUUUUUUAACAGGAAAAAAAUAA